UAAACUUGAAAAGUUAAGGGAGAAAUCUGCCAAUAUGAAUUUUGCAGGUUUAUACGUUUUUACUUUAUUGAUAUGUGCAUCAAAGUGUCAGAGAACGGAAUUUACCGAACCCUUGUCAAAUGAUGCAUAUAUAAAUCAAUUCCUUGAACGCUUUGAGUCGCUGGAAAGUUCAGUCAGUGAUUUGAAACAAGAUAAUUUGGAUUUAAAAUCCAAACUAGAGGUGAUGGCAAAAAGAUUAAACGAUGUGGAACAAUUAAGCGCUAUCGACAGUGCGGAGGACUCGACUGAGUCAAAAACUGAUGCUGUGUCUAAUUCUGUUCCGGCUCGGUCGCAGACGGAUGUUAAGCUCCUCAGAGGUCAAAGACAAGUCAUGAGCGUUGUUGCAUUCACCACCUACCUCGACCACGUGUCAUCUCUCGGGUACGAUCAGGCAGUUGUGUUUAACAAGGUAGUGACGAACGAGGGACAGGGAUACAGUACCAACAAUGGUCGAUUCCGAGCUCCUCUACCUGGACUGUACCUAUUUUCCUGGGCCGUAACCGCUAAACAACUGCCUGGACAGAUUGGAUACAACAUUUGGGCAAAACUGAUGAAAAACGGCAAUCAUAUGAUAGAAGCAGUAGCUGAGAGUUAUACUGACAACGAAGACAACCAGGGCAGCAGCACGGCCGUGUUAAUGUUGAGUCGCGGUGACGAGGUCUGGGUCGCACAUGAAGGCUUCGCGGAUCGAAUACAUGGUGACCAAGUUGAACGGUGUACGUCAUUCACCGGUGUUCUCUUGGUUCAAACGGACGAUCACGGUUCAAUAGUUGGGAAAUGAAUAUUGCUGUUGCUCUUGAAAAUAAAAGUUGUUCUGGUUU